CUUCUCACAACCCAGAAGUGGAUGAGACAGAGAAGUUCCUGUACUUGGCUGGUAAAUUGCUGAUACUCGCAAUAACCCUGGGAUAAAAGUGAAAACCUGUGCUGAGUUAUCAUUUGGGCCGUGACAACUGAUGCAGAAUGUUUUUCAUUGUGCUGAUUUCUGUGUUAAUUCUGCAGAAUUCUGAGUCAAAGCAAUUGGUUGGGCCCAGAGAAGUGACCGGAUUAGUUGAUGGAUCUGUCACCAUCACAUGUCCGUACUCCACUGUAACAAAAGCCAAUAAGUAUGAGCGCAAAUUCUUUUGCCGUGAAAUUGGACGUAAAUCCUGCAGCACCAUAAUAUCCACCAACAAUUUUGUAGCAGAUGAUUUCGUAGACCGUGCUUCUCUGGUGGAUAAUAAAGAGGAAGGAAUCAUUACUGUGACCCUAUCAAAACUCAAGAAGAGCGAUAACGGCAUAUACAGAUGUGGCCUUGGCACGAUUAGCAAUGGGUUGAAUGCAGUGAUGAAACUGGAAAUAAUUGAAGACUCAGUUAUCCCAGAACAGGCAGAACUCCUCUAUGGUCAGUUGAGGAGCACAGUGAUCUUCUCGUGUGAGUUUGAUGAAACAUAUUCAGAAAUGAAAAAGUACCUGUGUAAAAAUGGAAAAGAAGGAUGCACAAAUGUUAUUGACAGCACAGGAAAAGUAGCUUCGGAUUACAAGGGUAGAGUCAUUCUGAGCAGUGGGACAAAUCCGAAGAGUUUCAGUGCAAAGCUAAUUCAAUUAAAAAGGGAAGAUGCUGGGCUUUAUUCAUGUGGAGUUGGGAACUAUGGAGAAGAUGGAGAUUUCAAGGUUUUUGACGUCAGAAUCAAUGAAGAAACUGAUGUUCCCCAAGGAUCCAGAUUAUUGACAGCAAACCUGGGUGGAUCAAUAUCUGCACAAUGUAACUAUAAUCCCAAGAAAAACUAUGCUUUAAAGUUCUGGUGCAAGUGGGAAGAGACAACGUGUGAUCCACUCAUUAAGACCGAUGGCACUGUGAAGGACACGUAUGAGGGGAAAAUAAUUAUUCACGACAAUCCAAAAAAUGGCAGUAUGCAGGUCCUUAUGAACCAGCUUACAAAGGAUGAUGAAGGGUGGUACUGGUGUGUAAUGACAGAUGGCAAACAUGACCAGACAUCAACUAUUCAGGUUAAAAUCUCAGAAGAUAAGCCUGAAGGACUUUCAGGAAAUACAGUGUUUAGCGUAGUUGCUGGCAAUCCAGCUAGAAUCUCCUGCAGCUACUCUUGCAAGUAUUAUUCCUAUCAGAAGUAUUGGUGCAAGUGGAGCAAUUUUGGUUGUGUCCCCAUUGCCUCUGUGGAUGAUCCGACAAAUGGACUAAGCGUGAACUGUGAAAACCGAGAACUGAUCUUAAGUAUUGAUGCAGUAAAAAAAGAAGAUGAAGGGUGGUACUGGUGUGGAGUAAAAAGGUCUGAAAUAUAUGGGGAGACCCUUGCAGUGCAUCUAAUUGUUACUGAGGAAAACAUUAUCAAUGACCCUUCUCUGAUCAAUUCUGGGGAAGAUGGAGGAGUCAAACCAAAAAGCGAAAAUCCAGGUCCUCCACAAGUCAAGACAGAUACCAGCUCUGCAACAAACAAUUCUAGUACAGGUCUUGCCAUCGGCUUAUCAGUUUGUGCUGUUGUCCUCGUGGUUGUAGCCAUAUUCCUUACUAUGAAGCUAAUGAAAAGGAGAAAUUCAGAAUUGGUAUCUGUUGGAAGCUAUAGGACCAACAUAAGCCUGACCGACAUGGACAAUACUUCUUACAUUGGCAAGGACAAUCCAACUGUUGUUGAGUCACAAGAGACAGACAUUGGUCGCAAUAAUGAGUCACCAAAGUCCAACAAAAAGGGAUCUCGAGAAGACCUUGACUAUUCGACAUUCCUCAUCCACCAUGAUGGCAAGCCAAAUGAAAACAUUUCUUCCUAAGGUGUUUCUGAGUGCCUUAUUCGACUCAGCACCACUUGCACCAGCUACAGCUAUUUUAGGCACACAUUUAUGUACAAAUCAGUAAUCAUAGCUAAAAUAAACAUAUUUAAUGUUGAUUUGUUUCAGGAUAAAAACAGAUGUAAUGUAUAUGCGAAAUAGAUGUUUUUGUUAAACAUAGGUGAUCUCACUAUUCUAUGUCUUGCUGAACAUCUCCGAACUGCUCCAAAUCACAUUCUUUUCAAAUACGUGAAAGCUGACAUUUCAAUGAAUAUAUUGGCUUCUCCUCAAGAUUGGCCAUGUUAGCCUUUGAAACAAUUUGUGUUAUUUUCAACUCAACCAAUCCCUUAGUGAACAACUCACUUAUUGGUAAACUUUAUCCACUACAAUUCUGAUAAGCAGUCUAGGAUAAAAUAAGAAUGAUCACACAAAUUAAACAAAAUGACUACAGAAUGUAUAAACAUUAAAGGGAAUUCUGCCCAUAACCUCAAAAAGUCACAAAGUGAUUACAGAAUAUACAAACAUUAAAGGGAACUUUGUAUGAAGGAAUUUUUAAAAAAUAUAUGUUUAUUUUGCUUUUCUUUUUACUUUUAAUAUGAACUCUACAAUUAAUACAUUAAUUUAAAGAAAGUUUUUAAAUAAGUGUGAGUUUAAUUAUUACAAUAUUUAAAAAAAGAUCUAGACAU